AUGUGUAUUCUUACGUUGUUGUUUUUCACGGUGUGUCUAUUCAGGGCUGAUGGAUUCAAAGUGGGUUGUGAUUGGACGAGAGCUGUGUUCAAUUUGGAAUACGAUCACGUGGCUGUGGGAUCCUCCGAAGGAUCUGUGUUCAUAUGGGCUGUCGCGAAUCCUGAAAAACCACUUGUAGUAUUGAAGAACGAACACAGCGCCCCGGUGACGGCCGUGUCUUGGCAUCAGUUCACCAACAACGUGGCCAGCGUGGACCGAUCCAGGAGAGCAGUGGUCUGGGCAGACGUCUGA